AAUCCCCACCUUCACCUUCGUUAUGAAUUGGAAUUUGGAAACAGUUUGUUAGAAAGAGAGGUGGGGCUGUAAGAUUUUCAAUAGUCAACGCAAAUAUGGGUAUCAGCAUACGAGAAAAGAAAAUUGAAAGCACCAAACUAGACCAAUUCCACCCUUUCAUGUUCUCCCCUCCUCUAUUCCAAAUCCAUUUCUUAAUUUUCUCGAUUCUGGACUUCAUCAAAUUACACCAUGAAACUUAUCAUCAUAACUUUCUCUUGCAUUUUCCUUUUGUCUACUACCAUCUCAGCUCGCACUUUUUCAGAUUAUAUCAAUCCAGAUUUCACUGCCUCAUAUCUUAAGUUCAUUGACAACUUUGGAACCUUCCUGUUGUCUCAAAACAAAACAUUCAAGGCUGCAAUAUUCAACCCUGGUGACCAACAAGCCCGUUUCUAUCUUUGUGUCAUUCAUGCUGCCUCCAACACUAUCAUUUGGUCUGCAAACCGUGAUGGCCCCAUCUCAGAUUCUGGUAAAAUGUUUCUAACUGUCAGAGGGAUUACAAUUAUUGAUGAAGAUGGGGACAACAAAUGGUCAACGCCAUCUUUGAAGUCUCAAGUAAAUAGGCUUGUGCUGACUGAGAUGGGAAAUCUUGUCUUACUUGACAAGUCCAAUGAUUCUCUUUGGGAGAGUUUCCAAAACCCAACUGACACAAUUGUAAUUGGACAACGUUUGCCUGUUGGAAAAUCUUUGUCAAGUGAAGGGUCCAAUUCAAACUUGUCAACAACAAAUUACAAGCUCACAAUAACGUCCUCUGAUGCAAUACUGCAAUGGUAUGGACAGACAUACUGGAAACUGUCCAUGGAUAUAGAAGUCUAUAAGAAUUCGUAUGAUGUGGUUGAAUACAUGGCCAUAAACAACACAGGGUUUUAUCUCUUUGGAGUUGGUGGAACCGUUUUUCAACUGAGUUUGCCACUGGCUAGUUUUCGAAUUGCCAAGUUGGAUACCCAUGGCCACUUCACUAUCAACAGCUUUUCUGGCACUAACUUGAAGCAGGAGUUUGUGGGGCCAGGUGAUGGAUGUCAAACUCCUUUAGCUUGUGGAAGAGCAGGUUUAUGCACUGAGAACACUGUUUCAUCUACACCUGUUUGUUCUUGUCCCCCAAACUUCCAUGUAGGCUCAGGUAACUCUGGUGGUUGUGUGCCAAACGAUAGAUCCUAUUCUUUGCCAAAUGCUUGUAAAUAUUCUUCAGUAGUUUCAUUUGUAAAUAUUGGGUAUGUUGAGUACUUUGGCAAUUUUUAUACUGAUCAAGUUAUGUAUAGAUGGAACUUAACUGCUUGUCAAAAUCUUUGUUCUAGUAACUGUUCCUGCAUGGGAUUUUUCUAUAAAAACACAACUGGUUCUUGUUACAUGGUUGAGAAUGAGUUGGGAUCGAUUCAGUCAAGUAAUGGAGGUGAAAGAGAAAUGUUGGGGUUCAUUAAAGCUAUUGUUGCAUCCACAAGUGAUGAUAGUAAUAACAAGCAGAGUUCUAAAAAAGGGGGUUUUCCUGUGGCAGUUGCUGUGCUAUUACCUAUUCUUGGAUUCAUUAUUGUGACGGCCAUAGUUUUCCUUGUGUGGAGAAAAUUAACACUUUCAAGAAUGAAAGAAGUGAAACUAGGGAAAAAGUCACCUUCUUCAGGGGACCUUGAUGCCUUCUACAUUCCUGGCUUACCUGCAAGGUUUGACUAUGAAGAGCUUGAGGAGGCCACAGAUAACUUCAAGACUCUAAUAGGGUCGGGUGGAUUUGGAGCAGUGUACAAGGGUGUGCUUCCUGACAAGUCCGUUGUGGCAGUAAAGAAAAUAGUGAACAUAGGCAUUCAAGGGAAAAAAGACUUCUGCACUGAGAUUGGUGUUAUUGGAAACAUCCACCAUGUUAACUUGGUCAAACUGAAAGGCUUUUGUGCUCAAGGGAGACACCGUUUGUUGGUGUAUGAGUACAUGAACCGUGGAUCCCUUGACCGAACCCUCUUUGGUGGUGGACCCGUUUUGGAAUGGCAAGAGAGGUUUGAUGUGGCGCUUGGAACAGCACGUGGACUUGCUUACCUUCACAGUGGCUGUGAGCAAAAGGUUAUCCAUUGUGACAUCAAACCCGAGAACAUUCUCUUGCAGGAUCAGUUUCAAGCCAAGAUAUCUGAUUUCGGACUCUCGAAACUCCUUAGUUCUGAACAGUCUGGUUUGUUCACAACAAUGAGAGGCACACGUGGCUAUCUCGCUCCAGAGUGGCUCACCAACUCAGCCAUUACUGAAAAAACUGAUGUCUAUAGCUUUGGAAUGGUACUUCUUGAACUUGUAAGUGGAAGGAAGAACUGUUAUUUUAGAUCGAGAAGCCAUAGCAUUGAUGAUAGCAACAGUGGUGGAGGAAAUUCCUCAACCUCAUCAACACCAGGGUUGGUUUAUUUUCCUCUAUUUGCAUUGGAGAUGCAUGAGCAAGGGAGUUACCUAGAGUUGGCUGAUCCAAGGCUAGAAGGACGUGUUACAUGUGAAGAUGUGGAGAAACUUGUUCGCAUUGCCUUGUGUUGCGUUCAUGAAGAACCAGCUCUUAGGCCAAACAUGGUAACUGUUGUUGGCAUGUUGGAGGGUAGUACUCCAUUGCCACACCCCAGGAUAGAAUCUUUGAACUUCCUGCGGUUUUAUGGACGUAGGUUUACCGAGGCUUCCACCAUAGCGGAAGAAAAUGGGUAUGCUUCUAUGCUGCAUCAACAAGCACGUGAUUCUACAAGCAUGCCAAGUGAUUCACUAACUGGUCGUUUUUCUUACAUUUCUUCGCAAAAUAUCUCGGGUCCAAGAUAGGGUUUUCUGUUUUUUAUGUUUGUUUGUUUCGGGACGUAGCGUAAUGCUAGUGUCAAUUAUGUGAUUCGCAGGUGUUUAUGUAGAUGAUCUAUCCCAUUCUCUCAUUUGUAAUUUCAUUUCACGAUGAUCAUCGUAUUGUCUAAAGGAUGAGAAAUUAAGUUCAUAGGAAUAUAUUUUGGAUAUUCGCUUUAAAACAUUAGCAGAUGU